AUGACUGAAGCAGAGGGAUCAGCCAUAGCAAGAAUCAUUGGCAAAAAUGUCCAGAAGUCCAACAGAUUUGAUCCUACUGUCAAGAUAUGGGUAUUUGAAGAGAUCAUCAAUGGAAGAAAACUGUCAGAGAUAAUGAAUCAGGAACAUGAAAAUGUUAAAUAUCUGCCUGGAUACAAGAUACCAAAAAAUGUGGUGGCUGUACCAGAUGUGGUUGAAGCAGCAAAUGGGGCAGACAUUUUAGUGUUUGUUCUGCCACAUCAGUUCAUUGGUCGAGUCUGCGAGCAGAUUGCAGGCCAGAUAAAACCCGGGACAUUUGGGAUUUCCCUGAUCAAGGGGAUUGAUGAGGGUCCUGAUGGCCUGAAGCUCAUAUCUGACCUCAUCCGAGAGAAACUGCAGAUAGAAAUCAGUGUGCUUAUGGGGGCCAACAUAGCCAAAGAAGUGGCUGAUGAGAAGUUCUGUGAAACCACCAUUGGCUGCAAAAACAAAAAACAAGGGGAGAUCUUUAAAGAGUUAAUGCAGACGCCCAAUUUCAGGAUUACCGUGGUGCUUGAUUCUGAUACAGUGGAGCUUUGUGGAGCCUUAAAAAACAUCGUGGCGGUGGGAGCUGGGUUCUGCGACGGGCUGGGCUACGGUGACAACACCAAGGCAGCAGUGAUACGCCUGGGCCUGAUGGAAAUGGUGGCCUUUGCCAAGAUGUUCUGCAAGGGAUCAGUAUCAAUAGCCACUUUUCUGGAAAGCUGCGGCGUCGCUGACCUGAUCACUACCUGCUAUGGGGGACGCAACCGAAAAGUAGCCGAAGCCUUUGCUCGCACAGGAAAAUCCAUUGAGGAACUGGAAAAUGAGAUGCUGAACGGACAGAAGCUGCAAGGUCCUCAGACCUCAGCUGAAGUCUACAAGAUUCUGAAACAGAAAAAUAUGCUGGAUAAGUAUCCAUUAUUUACAACCAUCUACAAGAUCUGCUACGAGGGUCAAUCGAUCCAGGAUUUCAUCAUGUGCCUGCAGAACCACCCGGAGCACAUUUAG